CGAUCUAUUCGCCAUGUGUUUAUACUGUGAUUAAUAAGAUCUGAAAUUUGAAGUAAAAGAUCCAGGCAUCUGUCCAACCAGACACAGUAAAUAAUUAACUUAACUUGUUUUAAAAAAAUAUAUGGAGUGUGGAUGUUGUAUACAAUAAAAUUGGAUCCUCCUCAGAUCCGGUGAUUACCUGAUUCGCGUCAAUUUCUCAACACAAGUUUUCGAGAUUUGGGUUUUCUGGGGUUGAGAUGAUGACGACGAUCUUAUCGAAUUAAUAUAUAUCUCUUUUUCUUUUUUCCUCCUGAUUCAAAACAUAGGGUUUUUUAGUGCAUUAGAUCGAAUACUAUUUGAUUCUUUUUUUUUUUUUUUAACGUUUUAUUCGUUUCUUUUUAGUUGCAAUUUUAUUGAAAGUUUUGCGUUGCAAUUUUAAUUGAAAGAUUCCUGGAGAAUUGAAUUUUGCGGGUUGGUGUUUUUGAGAAAGUGGGAAUUGGGAUUUUGGCUUUGUUUCAAUUUGGGAGGUGUAAUAAGAGAAGAUAUGGCUGACUUUGAUGAAUUUAUGGCUGAUGAGUAUGACAUGGAUGAUCUUGAAGAUGAUAUGAAUGCCGAGUUUGACGGUAGGGAUAUCGAUGCUUCUGAUUCCGAAGUCGAAGAUUUAGACCAAGACCAAUUGAACAAGUCUGCUGCAGAUACUUCUGCUGCUCAAGCAAGGAAUGGGAAAGAUAUUCAGGGUAUACCCUGGGAUAGACUUAGCGUUACUAGAAAAGAGUAUAGGAAAACUAGGCUAGAACAGUAUAAAAACUAUGAAAAUAUCCCCAACUCGGGUGACGAAUCUGCUAAGAAAUGCAUGAAUACUGAGAAAGGCAGUUCUUUCUAUGAGUUCAGGAGGAAUUCUAGAUCAGUGAGAUCAACGAUUCUCCAUUUUCAGUUGAGGAAUUUGGUCUGGGCUACCUCAAAACAUGAUGUUUAUCUAUUGUCAAACUACUCCAUCAGCCACUGGUCUUCUUUGACAUGUUCCAGGAAUGAAAUACUUAAUGUUAAAGGUCAUGUAGCUCCAUCUGAGAAACAUCCCGAGAGUUUGUUGGAAGGAUUUACAGAGACUCAAAUUAGCACUCUUGCAGUCAAAGAAAGACUGCUAGUUGCUGGUGGAUUUCAGGGAGAACUCAUUUGCAAGCAUCUUGAUAGACCUGGUGUGAGCUUCUGUUCACGUACAACUUAUACCGAAAACGCUAUCACCAAUGCAGUGGAUAUAUACAGAAACUCCAGUGGCGCACUUCAUUUCAUGGCCUCAAAUAAUGACUGCGGAGUCAGAGACUUUGAUAUGGAGAGAUAUCAGCUUGUCCAACUCGUCCGUUUUCUAUGGCCUGUCAAUCAUAGCUCCCUAAGUCCUGAUGGAAAACUAGUAGCAGUCGUUGGAGAUGACCCAGAUGGUCUACUGGUAGACUCAAGCAAUGGACAGACUAUCGGGACGCUAAAAGGUCACUUAGAUUAUUCGUUUGCAUCGGCUUGGCAUCCAAAUGGUGUAACAUUUGCCACAGGAAACCAAGACAAGACCUGUCGUAUUUGGGACACAAGGAAGCUCUCGGAAUCAGUUGCUGUCCUAAAAGGUAACCUCGGGGCGGUACGGUCCAUUAGGUUCACAUCUGACGGACGGUACGUUGCAAUGGCCGAGCCAGCAGAUUUUGUUCAUAUCUAUGACACAAAAACAGGUUACAGAAAGGAGCAAGAGAUUGAUUUCUUUGGAGAGAUAUCUGGGAUUUCCUUUAGUCCAGAUACUGAAUCUCUCUUCAUCGGUGUUUGGGACCGGACUUAUGGAAGUCUCUUGGAGUAUGGUCGAACCAGAGACUACACUUAUCUUGAUUCAUUACUUUGAUGGAAAAUCAAAUUUAAGCCUUUUUUAUAUUAAAAAAAACUUACAUAAAAGUAAUCUAUUAUAUGCCUAAUCAUAAUCAUACCGGCAAAGAGAAAAAAAAGAGAGAAACCAUCAGCUAUUCAUUUGUGUAAUUUGAUUUGUUGUGCUUUUAAAAUGUACAUUUUUCACGGACUUGGAAAUUGUCUUUGGGAUUCA